AUGCCAGAAUCAAUCCACACCACUCUCCUGCCUAACUUCCAGUCCUGCCUAGGCUCCACCACAUCUCUACAUCAUGUAGACUCAGCUGUUGAAGGUGAAGGCUUCACAUUUGAAGCUCUACAUUUCUCUUGGUACAACCGCCAUUGUACAAAAGCAAAUGAUGCACCCAAUGAUAUUCCCCCUUUGAUGAUGAGGAGAAAGUAUGCCUUGAGAACAAAUUAUUUGCAGCUUGUCCCCUAUACGUCCAAGGAGAUUCAAGACCACACUGACAUUUACCAGAGACUUAAAACUAUUAAUGAAAUGUUUGCUACUUAUCUACCUACCAAAUAUUUGGUACUCAGACAACAUGCUGAGUUACUCCCUGAAAACAAUGCCUCUGCUGCCUGCCCAUUCUUAGGUCUUGUGGUCAAUAUCAAUGUUUCAACCAAGGCUCACAGGGAUGCCAAGGACAAACCUUUUUGUCUAGUCAUACCACUGGACAUUUACCAAUUGUUUGAUCCAGAGUUUGUCACUAAUUGUACUAGUGACAAGAUCUGGACAGAACAAAACUCAGGGGACCAACUGAUGAAGAAGUUGCAAGCAUCUGGAAAGGAUGCAAAUACUGACAAGCUAGCAGUACACUUCCCAGAUAUUCGUCAGAAAGCAGCUCACAUGGUGGAGGCUGAGGAUGAUGAGGAAGAAGGAGACUUGGAUAGGCCUGAUGUUGAUAGUGAAGAUGAACCUCUUCAUAAAAGGGCCAGGAAUAGCAUGGAAGAGGAACUAGAAGAUGAAGAUGAAGAUGCUCUGAUGCAGAUCUUUAGACACUUGACAGGCAACUCACAGCAAGUUACUCCCUCACCUUCAUUGACCCAGAAGUUGGACAAUCCUUGCUACAAACAAAUGGUCUUAUCAUUGCGUACCAAUAUACAGAUAACUGCAUCACCAGCUGAAAGUGUCCAGUUGGUUAACAAUAAGCGUAAAAGGAAUAGCAGUAGUUUUCCUUCAUUAACGCCUUUCAGAGAUUCCAAGGCCGUCAUCACUAGCUUUAGCCCUACCAGCUCCAGGCUGGCUAAAGCAGGACAUUCUCAAAUGUGUGUCAUUCUUUCUACUGUGAAAGGCUUCCCAGGUACUGAUGAACGAGAUGAACUUGUUUGGAAUGCAAUCAUCAAAGUUUCCAGUUCUUCUCUACUAUUCAAGACUACCAUAGUAGAUUUGGAGAAUGCAAGGGACGAGCAGAAAAAAGGUAGAAUCAUCAAUUAUGUGUGGGCGGCUGCAGCUCAGCUUAGAGGUGAAGUCAAACAAAAGGCUAGGAUACUAAUUCUCUCAGAAUACGCCCUCAAAAACAAGCUCCCAGAGGAAGCACCACGGCAUGCAAGCCAAUUAGCUAAGUAUCUUCACCUCCUUUCCGGUGACUGUACCACCACAAACAUUGCUGGAUCUGGAAAGCAAUAUCCUGGAUCAUGCGUCCAUCCUUGA